ACAAUAUCCACUCGAUCUAUUCUUUUAUUUGGCCACAAGUCGUUGGGUCCAUUUUGGGGUUAUUCCGACGAGAAAAGUGGAAAGACUCUGUAAUCACUAUGGUAUCCCCCGUAAAGAACUUGAUACUAGUAUUUGCUGUAAUGACGCUGAUGAAGAACGUGAAUCCAGAAGAUGCUACAGUACUAUUUUAUACUCGUGCACUGUUUACUCUAUAUUUUGGUUGCAGCAUUGCACUCAACUUUUAUAUCAAGAGUUUGGUUGAACGUAAGCACGAUCAAACCGUGAUUGAAGUUCCACCACAACCAGCAGGAUUCUUUGGAAGAUCUUCUCCCGCUCAUGCUACAAGAGUUACGGUUGAACAAUAUGACUUGGGAGAAUUAUCCAAAGCUAGGUCUUCCCUUCUUAUGAACGCUAUCUUUUUGGCUUUUAUGCACCUCAAAAUGAAGGCCCUAACUCCUGUUGUAUUACAGUCAGCAAUGGGUAUCCUUCGUAUUAUGGACGAUGCUAUGUUUCGUAUUCACGUAUUGAAUGAACCUGCACAAGGUGCUUUGGCAAGACCUUUUAAACCAGAACCUAGUCUUCUUUCUAUGUUUACAGGUUCAGGUGGAAAUAGCAGUCAAACUCAGUCUAGGAACCAAACAGAGGAUGAUAGCAGCUCUUCCAGUUCGGAAGAGAAAGCAAGACCAACAGAGUCACCUAGUGGAAGUGAAGAUGAAGACCACUCUAAAACUACAAACGCCAAAAAAUAAAAACUUGCUUUAUUUCUGUUGCAGAGGAUG